UUCGACUAUAAUAGAAAAAUGAACUUAUAUAAUUUGACUUUUGUUUUCUGCUUAUUUAUUUCAAUUUCUACUUCUUGUUGCUCAAGAAACUAUACUAAAUUAUUAUGCGGUUGGACAUCCAUUACUGUAGAGUCACUUUUUGGAUCAAUUACAGAAUCGCUUCCUCCACUUGAUGUAGAAUUUCGUCUUUAUACUCGUAAAAAUCCUUCGUAUUAUCAGAGUUUAGUGUUUGGAGAUGAAAGUAGUAUUAUUCAAUCAAAUUUUCUGCAUGAAACGGAUACGAAAUUUCUUAUACAUGGUUAUACAGCUAGUGCGAAUCAAGGAUUCUAUUUGGAAUUAAAGACGGCAAUUCUAGCUACACGAGAUAUUAAUGUAAUUAUAGUAGAUUGGGCUGAAGGGGCUUCCAAAUUUUAUUAUCCAGGAGCCAUUACAAAUUCUUAUAGAUGCGGUAAAGAAAUUGCGAAAAUGAUAGAGUUUUUACAGAAUACAGCAAAUUUAAAAUUAAGUCAAGUUCACUUAAUUGGAUUUAGUCUCGGUGGACAAGUUGCAGGAUUUACCGGUAAAAGAUUGAAUAAAGUUUCUCGAAUAUCGGCUAUAGAUCCCGCUGGAGUAUGUUUUGAUGCAUUUCCAGUAAAAUAUCGUUUAAACAGAACCGAUGCUGAUUUCGUGGAUCUCCUGAUCACAACUGCUGGAGAAAUUGGCAUGGUUAUUCCAGUUGGUCAUAUCAAUAUCUAUUUGAAUGGUGGUCACAUUCAACCUGGAUGUUCUGGAGAAGUAAUAAAUCGUGUAAGAGGAGACAUUUUCUCAAGUUAUGCUAUAAUUUUCGAUAAUUGUAGUCAUAGUUUUGCUAUCGAAUUUUAUAAAGAGACAAUUUUGUAUCCCGAGUGUAAUCCAUUAGCUUAUCGUUGUUCUGAUUACGAGAAGUUUUUAGAAGGCCAGUGUUCCAAUUGUGGUGAAAAUGGAGAAGAUUGCACACUUGCCGGUAUUGAAGCGUACGAAUAUAGAAAAUAUAAAGAGGAUGUGGACAGAAUAUUUUAUAUAAAAACCGCUGGGAGUUCGCCUUUUUGCUUGUAUCAUUAUCAGAUUACGAUAAUAUUAGAUACUUCGCAAAAUAACUUUACUGGAGUUUAUGGUAAAUCAGUUCUCACGUUUCUUGGAGUAGGAGGAAAAAAUAUAACGAUUUCUAAUGAUAGAUUAGAUUUGUACGAACCGAGAAAGAGUUAUACACAUUUAAUGACGAGUCAAUAUGACAUUUUGCCUGCCACCCAAGCUUGGUUCUUUUGGUAUUUCUAUCCAAUUUAUGGGAAAAUACCAAGAAAUCCACAGAUUUCGUUAAAACGUGUAGAACUAAAACCGAUGAAUAAUAUUAAUAGGGGCGAAUUAUCAUCUGUAUAUAUUUUUCAUACGAAAGAGGCUCAAUCGAUUUUUCCUGGAGAAAAAAUAACGCUCUUUUUAAAAUAAUUAUUCUUCAAUUUUAGUAAAAAAUUUAUAACCAAAAAUUGAUUAAUACAGUUGUUUUUCUUUUAGAAGUGU